GGUGAUAGGGUGAUGUCAAACUAGUAGCACUGUGUGAGCAGCAAACUCCUUCCCUGAGUCUCCCCCUUUUCUGCUGCACAUCUUUGUGUCCCUAUAUAUACCCUGAAACGUUGUUCGUCUUUUCCUGACUAUCUUCUUUCGGCAACUUGUAGCUCGGUCAAGCUUCCACGUUAUUGUCUCCGACCAGAAGGAGCAGAGAAGUAGGCAGACCUGGCUCCUUUUGACCAAGUGACGGCCCGUCUUGAAAGCCAGCAUGAUGCCUGAGGCUGAAAAAACUCGUAUAUCCCCUUCCGUUCAGAGUGUUGCACAAGAGGAGUUAGAAGAUCAGGCUCCCCUUAAUGCAAGUCACAGAUCGAGGUACCAAAGAUGGGCGGGCAGCAUCAAGGGCCUCGAGGCGCGUGGGAUUGAGCCAAUACCGCUUGAGGAACGCCUGAAGACUAGCCCAUCAGCAUCACUUCAUAUGCUGCUUAUGUGGUUCAGCAUGGGGAUGGCCGUGAACAACAUGGUGGUUGGGUCAUUGGGCACGCUUGUAAUGAAGCUGAGCUUCGCAGAUGCUGCUCUUUGUGCAAUAUUUGGGAAUCUGUUGGGGGGUAUGGCAGUUGGGUAUAUGAGCACUUGGGGUCCCAGAAGUGGGAAUCGCACUCUUAUAGUCGCCCGAUAUUUUAUGGGGUACUACCCUAGCAAGGUGUGCUGCUCGCUGAAUGUGCUUACAAACUUGGGUUAUGGGAUGAUGAAUUGUAUGAUCGGCGGGCAAUUACUCUCAAAAAUAUCAGGUGGAGCCGUAUCCGUUGUCGUUGGUAUUAUUAUUGUCGCUCUUGCAAGCUUGGUGAUGGCUACAUUUGGAAUGCAGAUCUUCCAAUAUUAUGAGAGAUAUGCUUGGUUCCCGCAGUUAUUGGUACUCUGCAUCAUCACUGGAUCGGCAGGACCGCAGUUUGAUUUCGAGAGUUCAUCGGUUGGAUCCUCAGACGAAGUCAAUGCCAAACGUCUGGCUUUCUUCUCUCUUUGUUUGUCUGUAUCCCUCGCAUGGGCGCCGUUAGCUGCAGACUACUAUGUCUACUAUCCGCCGACUAUUAGGCGAUGGAAAACAUGGUCAAUGACCAUGAUGGGAGGAUGCUCAGCGAUGAUCAUCACUCUUCUCCUUGGAGUUGGUCUAGGAAGUGGAGUGGCGAAAAACCUCAAGUGGGCUGAAAUUUAUGAUGGUACACCGGCGAGUCUAUUGAUGGCUGGUUAUGGCAGACUUGGAGGCUUUGGCAAAUUCUGCGCGUUCAUCAAUGUCGUAACGGUGGUCUCCAGUAAUGCGCCUGGAUCUUAUUCAAUGGCUAUGAAUUUCCAGAUGCUCGGGAAUGUAUGGUCGAAAAUCCCACGUCCUGUCUUCACUGUUACUACGACAGUGAUAUACACGGCAUGCGCCAUUGGUGGACGAGAUUUCCUAUAUGACAUUUUCAAGAGCUUUCUUCCACUGAUUGGUUAUUGGAUCAUCAUCUGGUUUACUAUUGUUGUGGAGGAGGACUUGCUCUUUCGACGUAGCCAAGGCUAUGACUGGUCCGCGUGGAACUGUCGACAGAAGUUGCCGGUAGGAGUUGCUGCUGCUUUAGCUUUCCUGGUUGGCUGGGCGGGGGCAAUUGUAGGGAUGGAUCAAGUGUACUAUACGGGGCCGAUUGGGCAAGCAGUCAUUGGAGGCUGUGACUUAGGAAUCUGGCUCGGCUUCGGUUUCACGGCCCUUGCUUUCCCUCCGCUGAGAAUGUUGGAGUUGAGAGUAAUUGGACGCUGA